GCUUAAGCCGGGUGACGCCUGCUUCCUGGAACCGCGGCGGCCAGUGGCUGGAGCGUUUUCUGUGGGCCCGACCGAGUACGGGGCAAGAGCCCCACUGGGGUUCAGAUCGCGGUAGGAGCGAGGCGUGGAAGGAGCGGGAGUGAAAGGGAAGCAAUGCAGAAAUCAGAGUGCCCUGGAGGUGUACAGCUGAGAAACAAAGUAACAGGUAACUGUAAUCAAAGAACUUCAUCAAAUACACAAAUAAAUCACAGGAGUACAGUUCAACGAAGCAAAUCCUCAUCAUCAACCUGUUCUCCAGAGUCUGUCAAAAAGCUUCAUCCUCGACCAAGUGAUAAACUUAACCCUAAAACAAUUAAUCCUUUUGGUGAACAGUCACGAGCCCCUUCUGCAUUUGCAGCUAUUUACUCUAAAGGAGGUAUUCCUUGCAGAUUGGUGCAUGGCUCAGUAAAACACAGAUUACAGUGGGAAUGUCCUCCUGAAAACCUUCCAUUUGAUCCUCUUCUUAUUACUUUAGCUGAGGGUCUGAGAGAGACUAAACAUCCGUAUACCUUUGUGUCCAAGGAGGGUUUUAAAGAAUUACUUUUGGUCAAAGAUGCGUCUGAGAAAGCCAUGCCUUUGUUGCCUAGACUGAUUCCAGUGCUAAAGGCGGCUCUGGUCCAUUCAGAUGAUGAAGUAUUUGAAAGAGGAUUGACAGCUCUGGUACAGUUAAGUGCCAUUGUUGGGCCUUCUCUAAAUGACCAUCUGAAACAUCUGCUUACAAGUCUUUCCAAGAGACUGAUGGACAAGAAGUUUAAAGAGCCAAUCACCAAUGCAUUACAAAAGCUAGAACAGCAUGGUGGAAGUGGAAGUCUUAUGAUCAUCAAAUCUAAAAUCCCAACAUACUGCUCCAUAUGCUGUUAAAUAAGGAGCCAACAAGUCGUCUGUCUGGUGACAGGCUUUAACUAAAGAAGUCUUUCAUGAAGACUAGUGAAAAUAUUAUGACACCUGAGAACAAACACCUUGACUUUUUAAAGAGUAAAACAAAAAUUAGUUGGUGCCUUGUUAUUUGGAAUGUUACAUGAGUAAAAAUAUUGAAAUACUUAAUUAUCAGAUUUAUUGUUUCCUUCAUAUUGAAGUUUCACUUAAAAGGCUUCUGUAUUAGGUUGAUUUAUAUGUUUGUAUGUGUAUAUAUAUGUGUGUGUAUUUAUACACACACAUACUUUUUAGAGUAUUCUCAUAAAUUAUAAAGUAGUGUUGAUUUUGUAAAACCUUGUAAGGUAUUUUGAGUAUAGGUAAGUAACAAGCACUUUGAUACAAUUCAUGCUGUGUGGUACCUAUAAGUAGUAAGCAGAACAUGUUUGUGUUAAUCAUAGAGUUCAAAAGGAAUUUAAGGGACUAUAAAUAGUAUUUCUGAAGCUCUUGGAUGUUAAAUAUUCAUGGUAUACCAAUAUGUAAGAAACAUUAACUAUUCAGGAUAUGCCCUAUUUGCAUGUACACUUAAUAUUCAUGAGGUCUUCUGAACCCAUUGGUGAUACCCAUUCUGGCCCCAUAGAUCUCCUGGUCACAAAGCAUAAAUAAAACCUGUGACUAUUUAUCAAGCUAUAGGUGUGAUCAGGUUCACUUGUCUCUGUCUCUGUAAUAGAGCAGCCACAGACCAUUAGCCCUGCAAUACUUGUUUUCUGUGAGGCCCCUUGGUCAAAAUUUAGCUGUGGGGAAAGCUAGUGAUGGAAAAAGAAAGGCCAUAUGAAUAGUGAACCAGGAUUUGGGUGGUGGAGUCUUUCAACCCUACCUUCACCCUAUUCAAAGAGAGGUUAACUUAUCCCAUUUCUUUCCCUUUGUUCUUUGACUGUUUCAAGUUGAUUUAGCCAACUCUGUGAUAGGAGCAUCUUAAUUCGGUAUGUGAACCUUCUUUCUUGGAUAGCCAACCAGGAAUCAUAUUUGGGAAUUCUACAAUUGCAGCAGGUUGCUCCACUAGGCACAGGGUCAUAGCAUCAUCCAUAUGAUAGUGAAAUUGUUUCCAUAUGGAUGCCAUCAUAAAGGGAAAAGAAAACAAUUUCAGGUCAAGGAUUCUAAUAGGGUGGGAUGUAUUUUCUUCCUGCUUGACUCCAACCAAAGACUUUCUUCCAUUCACAGUAUUAUGAAGAUGCCAGUAGAUACAAGUUUUUGUGUGUGUGUGUAUUUUAUAUAAAGGUGGUGUCAAAAAUAUUCAUGGAAAAAUGGCAUUAAAAGAUAAUGUGAAUAUUGAAGCCUCCUUGUAUUUAUGUUGGAAAUUCACCAUAAAUUAUACCUAUCCAUUCCAAAGUUUUUAUAUAUCUUUCACUGCCACAUAAAAUGUUGUAGAUUUCCUAAAAAAAAAUUCAAGUUAAUACUUGCAAUUGCUUACUAUUUUGAAGUUAAACAAAAACAGUGAGCAUAGCUAUUUUAGUGAGGCAUCUCUUACUUCUUUAGUGAUGUAGCCGUCUUUAUUUAUGUCAUACAAAUUAAAUGCCCAGUUGAGUUUUUCUUGAACUGUCCCCCGGAGCAAAAUGGAAAGACCUUUGAUGAAAUCCUAAAAGGAAAUAAAAGUGAAAAAACAAUUCGAUAUGACAUUUCUUAAAAAAAAACUGAUAAAAUCUUCCACAUGAAACACGGUCACAACACAUUGAAUUUUGUACAUUUUAGCAAAAUGAUGAAUGUGUUCUUGGUUGUCUCUGAGAUGCAUUUUUUUUUUUUUAAAAGAAAAUCAGUGGUGAGUUGAAUCCCCAGAUGCAGAACCUGUGGAUGUGGAGUGCUGACUAUAUUUAGAUCAUUCUGUUACUAUUGAAAAUGAGAUCUUUUAGUCUAUAUACUCCAAAUUUAGUUAUGUUUCCAUAUGUGAAAGCUAUCAAUGUUUAUAUAACUUGUCCCUUGCUGAUUUACUGAGUAUUCCUAUUGUAUGUUGUAUUUACUCCUGGGAUUUUCAUGAAUGCAAUCAUGAAAAUUUAUUUUCUGCAAAUAAAUUUAUU